GCUCAAUAUCGUUAUAUUUUUGGAGCUCCCAAGACGCCAAAACAAACCAAGCGGGCAAACCUACAGAAAUAACUUAACUUACGCACACUGAUAAUUACUGCAGGCAGUCAGCACAGUACAAAACAAAAAAAAAAAAACAAAAUACCAAACUCACAAAAAUAAACACCAACAACAAAAAAAUCACUCACUCACGUUGCGCUUGCGUGCCAGUGUGUACAAAUGUGCUUGUAUGAGUGCGACUCUCUUUCUCUCUCUGUGUGUGUUUGUGAUUACUUGACCUUUAUUUUUUAGACAAAUUAUUUUUUUUUUUUUGGUUGUUGGUUUGGUUAAAAGCUUAACAAAUUGCCGUAAACAAAAAAAUAGCAAGCGUUGGAAGAAAACAAGUUAAACGGAAAACACGAUCUCAGCAAGCGCAUUUUUUUGCUGUUAGUCAAUAAACAAAACAACGCAUAUAACGUUGCUUUCGAAAGUUAACGGACACCGAGAUACCAAAACAAUCAUGAAUCAAGCGGGCAACUCAGACAUCUCGGGCAGCGGCACGCUGGAUCUAAUUAUCAAGUCCCUCAAGUCCGCCACAAUGAUUUGUGAGGGCACACACUUUGACGGCAAAAUUCCGCACACUUUUGUGGUCUUUGGUGCCUCGGGCGAUCUGGCGAAAAAGAAGAUCUAUCCUACUUUGUGGUGGCUUUACCGCGAUGAUUUGCUGCCAAAACCCACGAAAAUAUGCGGUUAUGCUCGCUCCAAGAUGUCCAUUGAAAAGCUCCGCUCGAACUGCGACGCCUACAUGAAGGUUCAACCCGGUGAGCAAGCCAAGUACGAUGAGUUCUGGAGCCUCAACAGCUAUGUGGCUGGUGCCUACGAUGGUCGCACCGGCUACGAACUGCUCAAUCAGCAAUUGGAGCAGAUGGAGAACCACUGCAAGGCGAAUCGCAUAUUCUAUUUGGCAUUGCCGCCCAGUGUGUAUGACCUGGUGACGCUGAACAUCAAGAACAUCUGCAUGUCGCGCAACGGCUGGAAUCGAGUGAUCGUGGAGAAGCCUUUUGGCCGCGACGAUGUCACCUCGAAGGCAUUGAGCGAUCAUCUGGCGAGCCUGUUUGAUGAAGAGCAACUCUAUCGCAUUGAUCACUAUCUGGGCAAGGAGAUGGUACAGAAUUUGAUGACCAUACGUUUUGGCAACAAGAUCCUCAGCUCGACGUGGAAUCGCGAAAAUAUCGCGUCCGUGCAGAUCACAUUCAAGGAACCCUUUGGCACUCAGGGCCGUGGCGGUUACUUCGAUGAGUUUGGCAUCAUUCGCGAUGUGAUGCAGAACCAUUUGAUACAGAUACUCUCGCUGGUCGCCAUGGAGAAGCCCGUCUCGUGCCAUCCCGAUGACAUUCGCGACGAGAAGGUCAAGGUGCUAAAGAGUAUUCCGGCGCUGGAGCUCAGCGACAUGGUUUUGGGUCAGUAUGUGGGCAACCCGGAUGGGACCACAGAGGAUGCUCGCACUGGCUACUUGGAGGAUCCAACCGUAACGAGCACUUCAACGACGCCCACAUUUGCCAUGGCCGUCAUGAAGAUCAACAAUGAACGCUGGCAGGGCGUUCCGUUCAUCUUGCGUUGCGGCAAAGCGUUGAACGAACGCAAGGCGGAGGUUCGCAUUCAAUAUCAGGAUGUCCCCGGCGACAUCUUCGAGGGGCAUACGAAACGCAACGAGCUGGUCAUACGUGUCCAGCCCGGCGAGGCGCUCUACUUUAAGAUGAUGACCAAAAGUCCGGGCAUUACGUUUGAUAUCGAGGAAACCGAAUUGGAUUUGACGUACGAGCAUCGCUACAAGGAUUCCUAUCUGCCGGAUGCGUAUGAACGCCUGAUACUCGAUGUCUUCUGUGGCUCCCAAAUGCAUUUCGUACGCUCCGAUGAGUUGCGCGAGGCGUGGCGCAUCUUUACGCCCAUUCUCCACAAAAUCGAACAGGAACACACGAAGCCCUUGCCCUAUGUCUAUGGCUCCCGUGGUCCCAAGGAGGCGGAUCGCAAGUGCGAGGAGGCCAACUUCCGUUACUAUGGCUCCUACAAAUGGCACGGCAGCAAGUCCAGCACAUCCAAUCUCUAGAAGACUAUUAUUGCGACUUUCAGCUCGGUUAGGAUAAGUUGGUGGCAUGGUCCCUACUCCUUCCUCCUGAUGAAAACUCUACUAUAUACAUACAUACAUACUGAGAUACUGCAAAUCAAUUGCACUUCAUUACUUUGGUUGGUUUUACAAUAGAUUUUUGUAUUAAAUACUAUUUUAUAAAAUUAUAUUUGGAGAACCUCAAGUGUUGAGGUAUUUCAACUGUCUUCUUGUCGAUGGAUUAAACUUACAAUUAUCUUCAAAUAAAUUAAGUAUACAAAACAACAAAAAAAAAAA